AUGGCUAGCGAAACUGUCAUCCUCCCCCAAGGGGCGGGAUACGGUGUCGUCGUCGGCAUUGGUUUCUUCUUUGCACUGCUCAUGGCAGGAAUUACUUGGCUUCAGAACCGCUACACUGAUUACUCUACCAGGGGGAGUGAAGAGUUCAACACAGCCAGUCGCAGCGUCAAGGCUGGUAUGGUGGCUAGUGCCGUCGUUUCUGCUUGGACAUGGGCAGCUACUCUCCUCCAGAGCUCCACGGUAACCUAUGAGUAUGGAAUCUCAGGUCCAUUCUGGCUGUUGCUCGACGUUAAAGUAAGUACUGACAUGGAUUUAGACGCUGCCGGUGCCACAGUCCAGAUCUUCAUGUUCUCUGUCAUAGCCUGCAAGGUCAAGCAGAAUGCCCCACGAUGUCACACGUUUCUCGAGAUUGUUUACGCGCGAUAUGGCCCGGCCACGCACAUCGUCUUCAUCUGCUUCGCCCUUACUACGAACAUUCUCGUCGCAAGCCAGUUACUCCUCGGAGGAAGCGCCGUGGUCACAUCACUCACGGGAAUGAACGUCUAUGCUGCCGUGUGGCUCAUUCCCAUGGGUGUAGCAGUAUAUGUUGUCCUUGGUGGUCUGCGAGCCACGUUUUUCUGCGACUACUCUCACACCGUAAUCGUCAUGAUCAUCAUCCUGUACUUCAUGUUCAACACCUAUGCUACCAACGACCUCAUCGGCUCCCCGACAGCAAUGUACAACCUCAUCAAGAAGGCGGGCGAGGAGCGCCCCGUCGCAGGAAACUAUGAGGGCUCCUACCUCACCAUGAAAUCCAACCUCGGUCUGGUAUUCGCCGUCAUCCAGCUGUGUUCGGGGAUGGGCACCGUCUUCCUCGACCAAGGCUACUGGCAGCGCGCUAUUGCCAGUCGUCCCUCCACCGCCGUAAAGGCCUACAUCCUUGGCGGUCUGGCGUGGUUUGCCAUCCCCUUUGGCUUCGCCACGACGCUGGGUCUUGCGGCCGUCGCCCUGACCGACCACCCGAGUUUCCCGACGUACCCUAACAAGAUGACAGAUGCGCAGGUGUCGUCCGGGCUCUCGGCCUGCUUCGGUGCCCAGACGCUCUUGGGAACGCAUGGAGCUAUUGCCCUGCUCAUCACACUCUUCAUGGCUGUGACGUCGUCAUCAUCUGCCCAGCUAAUUGCCGUGUCGUCCAUUCUGACUUUUGACAUCUUCAAGACCUACAUCAAGCCAACUGCUACGCCCAAGCAGCUCAUCAUGGUGGCCCACGUCAUGAUUUGCGUGUUUGCCGUCGUCAUGGCCCUUUUCGCAUCUAUCUGGAACAUCAUCGGCAUCAGCCUUGGAUGGCUCUUUGUCGUCAUGGGCCUCAUCAUUGGCGGCGCCGUCUUCCCCGCUGCCUUUACCGUUACCUGGAAGGGCCAAACCCGUCUUGCGGCCAUUGUCGCGCCACCCUCUGGUCUGGCUGCUGGCCUGACCGCUUGGCUCGUUGAGGCCGAGGUCUAUUACGGUACCCUCAAUGUCACCACUACUGGAUCUCCCUACCCAACACUGGCUGGCAACAUGGCCGCCGUCCUGACUGGUCUUAUCGUCUCCAUUGUUGUGUCACUCGUAUUCCCUGACAAGAAGACGUUCAACUGGGAGACUACCCGCAACAUCAACGUCCACAUUCCCAUGGGGGCUGCCGUCCGAAUGCCCGCUAGCGAGGGAGAGGGGGAGGUAGAGGGUGAGAAGUGUGACGACGAUAACCGGAAUACUGUUGCAAGGCCUGAUACUGAGACCGCCGACGGAAGCGUCUCUGCAGAGGCUCCGACACCUAACGAGUCCGCCGAAGAGGGCGAUAAGUCUUCAUAUCCGCAGCUUCAAUCCCUCCGAAACCCAGAAGCUCUCGAAGAUGAAAAGUUCCUGGAAAACCCCAAGGCCCUUCGUCGCCACUACUGGAUCGCUCUUGUCCUCUCCAUCGUCCUUUCAUUUAUAAUGGAUUUCCUAGUCCCCAUCCCCAUGUUUCUCUCCCACUAUAUAUUUUCCCAUGACUUCUUCUAUGCCUGGGUGGUCAUCUCAUUCAUCUGGGUAUUUGCCGCUAUGGGUAUCUCUGGGCUUCUUCCUCUCUGGGAAACGCGACAUUUCUGGAAGGGGUUCUUCCGUGAAAUUGCUCGCAGGGAACACAAGGAGCAGAAGGCUUGA